ACUGCAUAUAAAUAUUUUCAACCAUAACUGCAAGCUUCCAAUUUUACUAAGCAACACUAGCAUAGCAUACAUCAAGCAAGCACGCAAUAAUGGGUGGCAUCAUCCACGCUUACUACGACUGCGUAUCACCAUAUUCAUACUUUGCAUUUGUGCAUCUACAGAGAGUUCGCGAUAAACUUGCCAGCUAUGGCGUUACUGUUGAAUCACAUCCCAUCUUCCUAGGCGGAAUCAUGGAUCGCUCUGGAAACACACCACCCUGGAAAGUCCCCGCAAAAGCCAAACUCGGCCAACUCGAACUCGCGCGCGGAAUCAAAUAUUGGAACGUUGAGCCGUUUACGCAGCCUGAUUUCUUUCCUAUUCUUACUAUUUUCCCCCAACGAGCGCUAACAUACAUCAAACACACCUAUCCACUCACCCAAUUUGAGAAGAUCCUGGAUUUGUAUUGGCAAUGGUUCUUCUACCAACAUCUCAACAUCUCGAAACCAGAUGUCCUUCGCCAAUUACUCGUGUCACCUGCGGCAGGCUUCUCGGUCGAACAGGCAGAUGAGAUUGUCACCGCAGCGAUGGAUAAGAAAUGGAAAGAUGCACUAACAGCCAAAACGCAGGAGGCGAUAGAUAGAGGUGCGUAUGGAGCGCCGUUCUUUUGGGUUGUGAAGUCUGAGGGUGGGAAGGUCUUGGGGGAGGAGCCCUUUUUUGGAAGUGAUCGGUUCCAUCAAAUAUGGGAUUUUCUGGAAUUGCAGUGGGAGGAUUUUAAACUUCUACCGCGGAUAGAGGCUAAGCUGUGAUCUUACUGAGAAUAGCCUGAUAGCCGUUAUUUAUCUUUGUAUUGUAUGAUCUACGAUCUAAUCAUGUCGUCGUGUCCAUUUAGCCAUAAUAUGGGUUCCUGAAAGCAUUUUGCACAGUUUAACUCCAUGGUGUCCGUCCUGUCGCCUCCUCUGUAGUCAGCGCUGAAGGAGCAACACGAAUCUCCAACCCAGCAUUGAUAAGAUUUGUACGGAUAAGUCGUAGAUGUGCCUCAUUCACGUAUUCCUCAGCACUCUCCAAGGCUUCCUUGAUCACUUCCCUACGCAGGUCCAUCUGUUUCGAAACGAGUAGCCCUUUCUCUAAGUCGAUGCGUGCGUCUAAUGUGCCAUUCUCAAUCAACUUGAUCAGUUCCUGAACGAACGGGGAGCUGAUAUCGGUGGGUGACGCAACACCCCCAACGAUUUCAGGUGCAAAGACUUUUGCCAUAGCCUCAAGAGAAACUCGACUAAAUGGGAGGGCGUAUUGCUGAAUGGACUUGGUUCGAAUCCGGUUGUAUAACGCUGGGAUAUGGCGUUGAAGAUGAAUGUCGAGUAGGUAAUCUGCUCGGUAUUCCUCCAAGAUAUCCAAGCAGGCCCGAAAUUUGGAAUUGCAGAAAGCCGAUAUCGCCCGGCGGAUAUGAGGCUCUAGUUCGAGGUAGUUUCGAAACUGACUGUUCUCUAGCACGCGGCGUUGCAACUCGUUUCGAUCCAUGGAAGCCAACGCACACAAUCCACCGUAGACAGCGACAUCGUUUGCAGUGAGAACCUCAUUGUAAGUAUCACCCAGCGUGGGAUCGGCGUUGAGAAGCUGAUUCGCAGCUUCCAGAUAAUUUCCCUGUCCAAGCUGAGCCAGACCCGAAGCAGAAGAUAUCUUUGGUGCACUCUUGGAAUGCUCAUCCUCUGGCUUUGGUCCUGAUCGGUAUCGAGCGACAGCUUGCUGCACGCCAAACCAGUCGCCACGGUCAAUAGCCACGUUGAUCGUUUUUAGAUGCAUGGCUGCAAAGUGACUGGGUGUAGUGCAGUUGUCUUUCAAACGAGCAUAAGCUUUUGAUGCAGCUGCCAAGUCGCCAAUAGAAUGAUAAUGUGAAGCUAGAUCAUCGGUGCCCAU